AUGACGUGUGGUGAGGAGGGCGGGUCGGCUCGCGCAGGUCAGAGAGCACCCUUACCAGCGCACGGCCUUACCGGCGCCUUAAUUCCCGCCAAAACACUCUCACGCCGCCAUUUUGUUCACAAGGUGAGUGCUAACGGCGCCGAGGAACUAACAGGAGUCGCGGCCGGCCGCCCCACGACGGCCCCCUAUGUCGCCGCGUAA